AUGUCUGCCACUGCCAUGGGAUCAAUGAAGCCUGAGACGCACAAAACCCCAGAUAUUGAAAGAGACCUUGUUUCGGCAUGCUCAGGUGUACCCAAGGCCCUGGUAUGGCAGCAGCAGAUCCUCCCUAUGGGGAAAGGGAAGCGAUCCGAUGCUGAUGUAGAUCCAAGAAUUGCGUAUAUCCCACAUCGUGCGUGUGCCGUUAUACCGGUGGCAGUGUCAAAAGAGUCAUAUGCAAGGCAGAGCAGAGCAGAACAAGGUAAGGCAGCAAAGGAGGAACAGGAGGAGGCGUGUCUACAAGAACAAACAUCAUGUCUGUAUGCAUGCAUGCAAGGAUACUAG